UUAAAUCAUUACAAGCCAAAGAGAGCGGUCAUUUCUGAUGAACAAAUCUGAAGAGAACAACACGAAAAACCUGUGGCUCACGAACUUACAACAUUUGACGUCUUCAUCAUAAAUAAAACCUCACCAGACGACUAAGGACUCCGGCAAACACCUUCGACAAACACCUGAACAGAGAGGACAACAUCUACGACAUGGAGACCGUAAGAUUUCAUGGCAAUAUUAUCAUACAAACUUGUGUUACUGUCGAGACUUUCGUGAUGGAUAAGCGAUGCAUCGACAAGAAUUAAAUGUGUGCAUGGAUAUUUACAGUGUUUAUGACUUUAAUGUGACAGGCAUUAUCAAAAUUAACCGAAAAUAAGUGAACAUAGGCGUUUUUUUUGUGUGUGUUACUGUCGAGACGUUCGGAUGGUUAGCUUAAAAGUGAUGCAUUGACAUCACAUGAAAGUCUUGCCCACCAUGUCAAAGACUCUGUGCUUAAGAGCAGAAAAGCUCAUGUUAUUGUGCGAAAUCUCUCUAAGAGAUUUUUUAUGUCUUCUGGGCUAUUUAAAGCCGUCAGUCUGAAACUUAUUUGACAGUUUCUCUUUAUACUAACCAAUGCUAUCAGGUGAGAACUAUAAACACAAGCUAUUUUCACUCUUAUUACAGCGAAAGAGGCACAUUAAAGGAGUGAAAUGUGGUGUUAAAAUAAGGGACACCUUCAUAACUUUAAAGAAUGACAGUCAUCAUAAAAUUCAACAAAAUAAACUAAAAAGACAUAAUAGUUAGACCUAUUUAUAAGUGCUCUAAUAGGCCUGAGUAACCAAAAAAAAUCCUAUGAAUUACAUUUGAACCUAUUAAAAAGUUACAAAAACAGACGAAAUUAAGAUAAAAGUAAUGUCUUAUGUACAGCCUUUAAAAUGAAGAGUUCGAUAAUGUUCCACUGAAAUAUGUUUUCAUGUUUUCAUGGAUCAAGUGUGUGUUUUUUAACCAUAAUAUUUAAAAUUUCAAUUAUGGGAAAAAUUCACUAAGUGUAAUCGAAACACUGUCCUAUUGUGGAAGUCAGUUUUUUAUCAAACUGAAAACAGAGGAUUUUCUUAUUUAAUCCUGAAAAAGUCUUUUUCCCAAUAAAAAAAAAAUGACUGAAAUAGAUAUACCAAAAAUAUAAAUUCUUAAUGGAGGGUGUUGCAUUGAUGUUAAUCUAUGUCUAUUGCACAAUUAACCUGCUGAUUAGAGACUAAAUACAAAUUAAAAUGUGUUGACUGUCUCUUCUUAAUGAUACUGAUGUUACAGAUGCUUCCUUCAUGACCUUGACCACACAGUCAAAUGUUAAAGCUUGUUUAAUUUAAAUGUCUGCGUUGUUUCUGUCUUCAGACCAGCCAACGCUUCACACGGACUUCGGUCCUUGUGCGAAGCUUCCACUGGUCCUGUCCCAGGCCGAUCUUGAAGAGGGUCACGGCAACACCCAUGUCCCGUUCCAAGCCUCGCUGUGUAAGUAGGAAACCACACUGACAACAUAGAUAGGCCAUUGGAAUGCCUUCAAAACAACAUACAAAACUUUUAUAGUCUGAAUGAUUUUAAUGACAGAAAUAUGUUUAUGAAUUUGUCUUUUUUAAUUUUAAUUUUCUUUAACAUUAAUUUAUUUCAAAGAUGUGAAACCUUCCCCUGGAAAAAUCCUUUCUGCAGACUUCAGGUUUUGUAAUUUGUCUCUUUUUCUGUCUCAGGUCCGAGUGGAGCAGUACAGCCUCAUCCAGAACCAGGAUAAGUGCACUCCUAGGCUGUUACUGAGGAAGGUCCCACCGAUGGACGGCCCUCCACGUUUCUCCUCCCCCAGGCUCAACCAGGUAAGUCACUCUCACUCCUCUUCUGUCUCUCCCUCUUUCUCUCCCUCUCCUCCUGUCUCUCAAAGAAGAAAAGAAAAAAGAGAGAAAAAAAGAAAAAAGAAAUAAAGAAAAAAAGAAAAAAAAGAAAGAGAAAAAAAGAAAAAAGAAAGAAAAAAGAAAAAAAAGAAAGAGAAAAAAAGAAAAAGAAAGAAAGAAAAAAAGAAAAAAAAGAAAGAGAAAAAAAAGAAAAAAGAAAGAAAGAGAAAAAAGAAAGAAAAAAAGAAAAAAGAAAGAAAAAAGAAAAAAAAGAAAGAACGAGAAAAAAAGAAAUGAAAGAAAAAAGAAAGAAAAAGAAAAAAAGAAAGACAGAAAAAAAAGAAAAAAGAAAAAAGAAGAAAAAAGAAAAAGAAAAAAGAAAGAAAGGAAAAAAGAAAGAAAGAAAAAAAGAAAAAAGAAAGAAAGAAGAAAAAAGAAGAAAGAAAAAAGAAAAAAGAAAGAAAGAAAAAGCGGACCUCGGUCCUUGUGCACAGCUUCCACCAGUCCUGUUCCAGGCCGAUCUUAAAGAGGGUCGCGGCAACACCCAUGUCCCGUUCCAAGCCUCGCUGUGUAAGUAGGAAACCACACUGACAACAUAGAUAGGCCAUUAGAAUGCCUUCAAAACAACAUACAAAACUUUUAUAGUCUGAAUGAUUUUAAUGACAGAAAUAUGUUUAUGAAUUUGUCUUUUUUAAUUUUAAUUUUCUUUAACAUUAAUUUAUUUCAAAGAUGUGAAACCUUCCCCUGGAAAAAUCAUUUCUGCAGACUUCAGGUUUUGUAAUUUGUCUCUUUUUCUGUCUCAGGUCCGAGUGGAGCAGUACAGCCUCAUCCAGAACCAGGAUUAGUGCACUCCUAGGCUGUUACUGAGGAAGGUCCCACCGAUGGACGGCCCUCCACGUUUCUCCUCCCCCAGGCUCAACCAGGUAAGUCACUCUCACUCCUCUUCUGUCUCUCCCUCUUUCUCUCCCUCUCCUCCUGUCUCUCAAAGAAGAAAAGAAAAAAGAAAGAGAGAAAAAAAGAAAAAAGAAAAAAAGAAAAAAAAAGAAAGAGAAAAAAGAAAGAAAAAAGAAAAAAAAAGAAAGAGAAAAAAAGAAAAAAGAAAGAAAAAAGAAAAAAAAGAAAGAGAAAAAAGAAAGAAAGAGAAAAAAGAAAGAGAAAGAAAGAAAAAAAGAAAAAAGAAAGAAAGAAAAAAAGAAAGAAAAAAAGAAAGAACGAGAAAAAAGAAAAAAGAAAAGAAAGAAAAAAGAAAGAAAAAGAAAAAAGAAAUAAAGAAAAAAAAGAAAAAAGAAAGAAAAAAAAAAGAAAAAAGAAAGAGAAAAAAGAAAGAAAAAAGAAAGAGAAAAAAAGAAAAAGAAAGAAAGAAAAAAGAAAGAGAAAAAAGAAAAAAGAAAGAAAAAAGAAAAAAAGAAAGAGAAAAAAAGAAAAAGAAAGAAAAAAAAAAGAAAAAAAGAACGAGAAAAAAAGAAAAAAGAAAAAAGAAAAAAAGAAAGAAAAAGAAAAAAGAAAGAAAGAAAAAAGAAGAAAGAAAGGAAAAAAGAAAAAAAGAAAGAAAGAAGAAAAACAGAAAGAAAGAAAAAAGAAAAAAAGGAAGAAGAAGCGAAAGAAAGAAAAAGCGGACCUCGGUCCUUGUGCACAGCUUCCAUUGGUCCUGUCCUAGGCCGAUCUUGAAGAGGGUCGCGGCAACACCCAUAUCCUGUUCCAAGCCUCGCUGUGUAAGUAGGAAACCACACUGACAACAUAGAUAGGCCAUUAGAAUGCCUUCAAAACAACAUACAAAACUUUUAAAGUCUGAAUGAUUUUAAUGACAGUAAUAUGUAUAUGAAUUUGUCUUUUUUAAUUUUAAUUUUCUUUAACAUUAAUUUAUUUCAAAGAUGUGAAACCUUCCCCUGGAAAAAUCAUUUCUGCAGACUUCAGGUUUUGUAAUUUGUCUCUUUUUCUGUCUCAGGUCCGAGUGGAGCAGUACAGCCUCAUCCAGAACCAGGAUAAGUGCACUCCUUGGCUGUUACUGAGGAAGGUCCCACCGAUGGACGGCCCUCCACAUUUCUCCUCCCCCAAGCUCAACCAGGUAAGUCACUCUCACUCCUCUUCUGUCUCUCCCUCUUUCUCUCCCUCUCCUCCUGUCUCUCAAAGAAGAAAAGAAAAAAGAAAGAGAGAAAAAAGAAAAAAGAAAUAAAGAAAAAAAGAAAGAGAAAAAAGAAAAAAGAAAGAAAAAAGAAAAAAAAGAAAGAGAAAAAAGAAAAAGAAAGAAAGAAAAAAAGAAAAAAAAGAGAAAAAAGAAAAAAGAAAGAAAGAGAAAAAAGAAAGAAAAAAAGAAAAAAGAAAGAAAAAAGAAAAAAGAAAGAAAGAAAAAAGAAAAAAAAAGAAAGAAAAAGAAAAAAGAAAGAAAGAAAAAAGAAAGAAAGGAAAAAAGAAAAAAGAAAGAAAGAAGAAAAACAGAAAGAAAGAAAAAAGAAAAAAAGGAAGAAAAAAGAAAGAAAGAAAGAGCGGACCCCAACCUUGUGCACAGCUUCCACUGGUCCUGUCCUAGGCCGAUCUUGAAGAGGGUCGCGGCAACACCCAUGUCCUGUUCCAAGCCUCACUGUGUAAGUAGGAAACCACACUGACAACAUAGAUAGGCCAUUAGAAUGCCUUCAAAACAACAUACAAAACUUUUAUAGUCUGAAUGAUUUUAAUGACAGAAAUAUGUUUAUGAAUUUGUCUUUUUUAAUUUUAAUUUUUUCUUUAACAUUAAUUUAUUUCAAAGAUGUGAAACCUUCCCCUGGAAAAAUCAUUUCUGCAGACUUCAGGUUUUGUAAUUUGUCUCUUUUUCUGUCUCAGGUCCGAGUGGAGCAGUACAGCCUCAUCCAGAACCAGGAUAAGUGCACUCCUUGGCUGUUACUGAGGAAGGUCCCACCGAUGGACGGCCCUCCACAUUUCUCCUCCCCCAAGCUCAACCAGGUAAGUCACUCUCACUCCUCUUCUGUCUCUCCCUCUUUCUCUCCCUCUCCUCCUGUCUCUCAAAGAAGAAAAGAAAAAAGAAAGAGAGAAAAAAGAAAAAAGAAAUAAAGAAAAAAAGAAAGAGAAAAAAGAAAAAAGAAAGAAAAAAGAAAAAAAAGAAAGAGAAAAAAGAAAAAGAAAGAAAGAAAAAAAGAAAAAAAAGAGAAAAAAGAAAAAAGAAAGAAAGAGAAAAAAGAAAGAAAAAAAGAAAAAAGAAAGAACGAGAAAAAAGAAAGAAAGAAAAAAGAAAAAAAAGAAAGAAAAAGAAAAAAGAAAGAAAGAAAAAAGAAAGAAAGGAAAAAAGAAAAAAGAAAGAAAGAAGAAAAACAGAAAGAAAGAAAAAAGAAAAAAAGGAAGAAAAAAGAAAGAAAGAAAGAGCGGACCCCAACCUUGUGCACAGCUUCCACUGGUCCUGUCCUAGGCCGAUCUUGAAGAGGGUCGCGGCAACACCCAUGUCCUGUUCCAAGCCUCACUGUGUAAGUAGGAAACCACACUGACAACAUAGAUAGGCCAUUAGAAUGCCUUCAAAACAACAUACAAAACUUUUAUAGUCUGAAUGAUUUUAAUGACAGAAAUAUGUUUAUGAAUUUGUCUUUUUUAAUUUUAAUUUUUUCUUUAACAUUAAUUUAUUUCAAAGAUGUGAAACCUUCCCCUGGAAAAAUCCUUUCUGCAGACUUCAGGUUUUGUAAUUUGUCUCUUUUUCUGUCUCAGGUCCGAGUGGAGCAGUACAGCCUCAUCCAGAACCAGGAUAAGUGCACUCCUAGAGUGUUACUGAGGAAGGCCCCACCGAUGGACAGCCCUCCACGUUUCUCCUCCCCCAAGCUCAACCAGGUAAGUCACUCUCACUCCUCUUCUGUCUCUCCCUCUUUCUCUCCCUCUCCUCCUGUCUCUCAAAGAAGAAAAGAAAAAAGAAAGAGAGAAAAAAAGAAAAAAAAGAAAGAGAAAAAAAGAAAAAAGAAAAAAAAGAAAGAGAAAAAGAAAAAGAAAGAAAAAAAGAAAAAAAAGAAAGAGAAAAAAGAAAGAAAAAAAAAGAAAGAGAAAAAAAGAAAAAGAAAGAAAGAAAAAAAGAAAGAGAAAAAAGAAAGAAAGAAAGAAAGAAAAAAGAUAGAAAGAAAAAAAAGAAAAAAGAAAGAAAAAAAAAAGAACGAGAAAAAAAGAAAAAAGAAAGAAAAAGAAAUAAAGAAAAAAAGAAAAAAGAAAGAAAAAAGAAAAAAAAGGAAAGAACGAGAAAAAAAAGAAAAGAAAGAAAAAAGAAAGAAAAAGAAAAAAAAGAAAGACAGAAAAAAAAGAAAAAAGAAGAAAAAAGAAAAAGAAAAAAGAAAGAAAGGAAAAAAGAAAAAAGAAAGAAAGAAGAAAAAAGAAGAAAGAAAAAAGAAAAAAGAAAGAAAGAAAAAGCGGACCUCGGUCCUUGUGCACAGCUUCCACCAGUCCUGUUCCAGGCCGAUCUUAAAGAGGGUCGCGGCAACACCCAUGUCCCGUUCCAAGCCUCGCUGUGUAAGUAGGAAACCACACUGACAACAUAGAUAGGCCAUUAGAAUGCCUUCAAAACAACAUACAAAACUUUUAUAGUCUGAAUGAUUUUAAUGACAGAAAUAUGUUUAUGAAUUUGUCUUUUUUAAUUUUAAUUUUCUUUAACAUUAAUUUAUUUCAAAGAUGUGAAACCUUCCCCUGGAAAAAUCCUUUCUGCAGACUUCAGGUUUUGUAAUUUGUCUCUUUUUCUGUCUCAGGUCCGAGUGGAGCAGUACAGCCUCAUCCAGAACCAGGAUUAGUGCACUCCUAGGCUGUUACUGAGGAAGGUCCCACCGAUGGACGGCCCUCCACAUUUCUCCUCCCCCAAGCUCAACCAGGUAAGUCACUCUCACUCCUCUUCUGUCUCUCCCUCUUUCUCUCCCUCUCCUCCUGUCUCUCAAAGAAGAAAAAAGAAAGAAAGGAAAAAAGAAAAAAGAAAGAAAGAAAAAAAGAAAAAAAAAGAAAGAGAAAAAACAAAAAAAGAAAAAAAAGAAAGAAAAAAAAAAAGAAAAAAAAAGAAAAAAAAGAAAAAAAAAAAAAAAAAAAAGAAAGAGAAAAAAGAAAAAGAAAGAAAGAAAUAAAGAAAAAGAAAGAGAAAAAAGAAAGAAAAAAGAAAAAAAGAAAGACAAAAAAAAGAAAAAAAAGAAAGAGAAAAAAGAAAAAAGAAAGAAAAAAGAAAAAAAAGAAAGAAAAAAAAGAAAGAAAAAAGAAAAAAGAAAGAAAAAAGAAAAAAAAGAAAGAACGAGAAAAAAAGAAAAAAGAAAAAGAAAAAAGAAAGAAAGAAAAAGAAAAAAGAAAAAAAAGAAAAAAGAAGAAAAAAGAAAGAGAAAAAAGAAAGAAAAAAGAAAAAAGAAAGAGAAAAAAGAAAAAGAAAGAAAGAAAAAAGAAAGAGAAAAAAGAAAAAAGAAAGAAAAAAGAAAAAAAAGAAAGAGAAAAAAAGAAAAAGAAAGAAAAAAAAGAAAAAGAAAAAAAGAAAGAACGAGAAAAAAAGAAAAAAGAAAGAAAAAAAAAGAAAGAAAAAAGAAAGAAAGAAAAAAGAAAAAAGAAGAAAAAAGAAAGAAAGGAAAAAAGAAAAAAGAAAGAUAGAAGGAAAACAGAAAGAAAGAAAAAAGAAAAAAAGGAAGAAGAAGCGAAAGAAAGAAAAAGCGGACCUCGGUCCUUGUGCACAGCUUCCAUUGGUCCUGUCCUAGGCCGAUCUUGAAGAGGGUCGCGGCAACACCCAUAUCCUGUUCCAAGCCUCGCUGUGUAAGUAGGAAACCACACUGACAACAUAGAUAGGCCAUUAGAAUGCCUUCAAAACAACAUACAAAACUUUUAUAGUCUGAAUGAUUUUAAUGACAGUAAUAUGUAUAUGAAUUUGUCUUUUUUAAUUUUAAUUUUCUUUAACAUUAAUUUAUUUCAAAGAUGUGAAACCUUCCCCUGGAAAAAUCCUUUCUGCAGACUUCAGGUUUUGUAAUUUGUCUCUUUUUCUGUCUCAGGUCCGAGUGGAGCAGUACAGCCUCAUCCAGAACCAGGAUUAGUGCACUCCUAGGCUGUUACUGAGGAAGGUCCCACCGAUGGACGGCCCUCCACGUUUCUCCUCCCCCAGGCUCAACCAGGUAAGUCACUCUCACUCCUCUUCUGUCUCUCCCUCUUUCUCUCCCUCUCCUCCUGUCUCUCAAAGAAGAAAAGAAAAAAGAAAGAGAGAAAAAAAGAAAAAAGAAAUAAAGAAAAAAAGAAAGAGAAAAAAGAAAAAAGAAAGAAAAAGAAAAAAAAAGAAAGAGAAAAAAGAAAAAGAAAGAAAAAAAAAAAAAAAAAAAAAAAGAGAAAAAAGAAAGAGAAAGAAAGAAAAAAGAAAAAAAAGAAAGAAAAAAGAAAAAAAGAAAGAACGAGAAAAAAGAAAGAAAGAAAAAAGAAAAAAAAAGAAAGAAAAAGAAAAAAGAAAGAAAGGAAAAAAGAAAAAAGAAAGAAAGAAGAAAAACAGAAAGAAAGAAAAAAGAAAAAAAGGAAGAAAAAAGAAAGAAAGAAAGAGCGGACCCCAACCUUGUGCACAGCUUCCACUGGUCCUGUCCUAGGCCGAUCUUGAAGAGGGUCGCGGCAACACCCAUGUCCUGUUCCAAGCCUCACUGUGUAAGUAGGAAACCACACUGACAACAUAGAUAGGCCAUUGGAAUGCCUUCAAAACAACAUACAAAACUUUUAUAGUCUGAAUGAUUUUAAUGACAGAAAUAUGUUUAUGAAUUUGUCUUUUUUAAUUUUAAUUUUCUUUAACAUUAAUUUAUUUCAAAGAUGUGAAACCUUCCCCUGGAAAAAUCAUUUCUGCAGACUUCAGGUUUUGUAAUUUGUCUCUUUUUCUGUCUCAGGUCCGAGUGGAGCAGUACAGCCUCAUCCAGAACCAGGAUAAGUGCACUCCUAGAGUGUUACUGAGGAAGGCCCCACCGAUGGACGGCCCUCCACGUUUCUCCUCCCCCAAGCUCAACCAGGUAAGUCACUCUCACUCCUCUUCUGUCUCUCCCUCUUUCUCUCCCUCUCCUCCUGUCUCUCAAAGAAGAAAAGAAAAAAGAAAGAGAGAAAAAAAGAAAAAAAAAAAGGAGGAAAAAAGAAAAAAGAAAAAAAAGAAAGAGAAAAAAGAAAAAGAAAGAAAAAAGAAAAAAAGAAAGAGAAAAAAGAAAGAAAAAAGAAAAAAAAAGAAAGAGAAAAAAAGAAAAAGAAAGAAAGAAAAAAAGAAAAAAAAGAAAGAGAAAAAAGAAAAAAGAAAGAAAGAAAGAAAGAAAAAAAGAUAGAAAGAAACAAAGAAAAAAGAAAGAAUAAAAAAAAAAGAAAGAACGAGAAAAAAAGAAAAAAGAAAGAAAAAAAGAAAGAAAAAGAAAAAAGAAAGAAAAGAAAAAAGAAAGAAAGAAAGAAAAAAGAAGAAAAAAGACAGAAGGAAAAAAGAAAAAAAAGAAAGAAGAAAAACAGAAAAAAAGAAAAAAGGAAGAAAAAAAGAAAGAAAGAAAAAGCGGACCUCGGUCCUUGUGCACAGCUUCCAUUGGUCCUGUCCUAGGCCGAUCUUGAAGAGGGUCGCGGCAACACCCAUAUCCUGUUCCAAGCCUCGCUGUGUAAGUAGGAAACCACACUGACAACAUAGAUAGGCCAUUAGAAUGCCUUCAAAACAACAUACAAAACUUUUAUAGUCUGAAUGAUUUUAAUGACAGUAAUAUGUAUAUGAAUUUGUCUUUUUUAAUUUUAAUUUUCUUUAACAUUAAUUUAUUUCAAAGAUGUGAAACCUUCCCCUGGAAAAAUCCUUUCUGCAGACUUCAGGUUUUGUAAUUUGUCUCUUUUUCUGUCUCAGGUCCGAGUGGAGCAGUACAGCCUCAUCCAGAACCAGGAUAAGUGCACUCCUAGGCUGUUACUGAGGAAGGUCCCACCGAUGGACGGCCCUCCACGUUUCUCCUCCCCCAGGCUCAACCAGGUAAGUCACUCUCACUCCUCUUCUGUCUCUCCCUCUUUCUCUCCCUCUCCUCCUGUCUCUCAAAGAAGAAAAGAAAAAAGAAAGAGAGAAAAAAAGAAAAAAGAAAGAAAGAAAAAAAGAAAAAAGAAAGAGAAAAAAGAAAAAAGAAAGAAAAAAGAAAAAAAAGAAAGAGAAAAAAAGAAAAAGAAAGAAAAAAAGAAAAAAAAGGAAGAGAAAAAAAGAAAAAAAAAGAAAGAGAAAAAAAGAAAAAGAAAGAAAGAAAAAAAGAAAGAUAAAAAAGAAAGAAAGAAAGCGAAAAAAAGAGAGAAAGAAAAAAGAAAGAAAGAAAGAAAGAAAAAAAAGAAAGAAAAAGAAAAAAGAAAGAAAGAAAGAAAAGAAAGAAAGAAAAAAAGAAAAAAAAAGAAAGAGAAAAAAGAAAAAGAAAGAAAGAAAAAAAGAAAGAGAAAAAAGAAAAAAGAAAGAAAAAAGAAAAAAAGAAAGAGAAAAAAAGAAAAAGAAAAAAGAAAAAAAGAAAGAGAAAAAAGAAAGAAAAAGAAAGAAAGAAAAAAGAAAAAAAAGAAAAAAAAAAAAAAAAGAAAGAACGAAAAAAAAGAAAAAAGAAAAAAAAAGAAAGAAAAACGAAAGAAAGAAAGAAAAGAAAAAAGAAAGAAAGAAAAAAGAAAAAAGAAGAAAAAAGAAAGAAGGAAAAAAAGAAAAAGAAAGAAAGAAAAAGCGGACCUCGGUCCUUGUGCACAGCUUCCACUGGUCCUGUCCCAGGCCGAUCUUGAAGAGGGUCCUGGAGCAACACCCAUGUCCCGUUCCAAGCCUCGCUGUGUAAGUAGGAAACCACACUGACAACAUAGAUAGGCCAUUAGAAUGCCUUCAAAACAACAUACAAAACUUUUAUAGUCUGAAUGAUUUUAAUGACAGAAAUAUGUUUAUGAAUUUGUCUUUUUUAAUUUUAAUUUUCUUUAACAUUAAUUUAUUUCAAAGAUGUGAAACCUUCCCCUGGAAAAAUCAUUUCUGCAGACUUCAGAUUUUAUAAUUUGUCGCUUUUUCUGUCUCAGGUCCGAGUGGAGCAGUACAGCCUCGUCCAGAACCAGGAUAAGUCCACUCCUAGGCUGUUACUGAGGAAGGUCCCACCGAUGGACGGCCCUCCACGUUUCUCCUCCCCCUUCCCUUAUCUAUUUCUCUCUCUCUCUCCCCCUGUCCUCUCCCCUCUACCCUCUUCUCUCCACAUUCCUACCCAACCCAGCAGCGGCAUGGUGGCUGUCUAACAUGAGGCUGGUCCUGCCCAAGGUUUCUGCCUGUUAAAAGGAAGUUUUUCCUUGCCACUGCUACUCAUGUUAGUUGAGAUGGGCCAAAACCCAUCUUAGGUUGGUUCUUGAUCAUCAAACAAUGAGCGUGGUCUAGACCUGCUCUUGUUCCUUGAAAAGCGUCUUGAGAUAACAACAGUUGUGAAUUGGUGCUAUAUAAAUAAAAUUUGAUUAGAUUUUUAUCAGAGCUAUUUCUGAGUUACAUGAAUGAUCCUGAUCCUGUGUCUUCUACCACUCAGCAAAAACAUAAAAAGAAAGAAAGAAAGACCUUUUAAUCGUGUUUGAUUUAUUAACAGUAUUGUGUGAAGGAAAAAAAAGUCUUUUUAGGGAUACCGCCGGAUUUCAUGGUUUUAUUCAUGCUGAUCUGACUGAUUGUUGAUAAAAGCAGUGAUGGAUUCUUACAUCCGAGCUAAAAAAUAUCAAUCCUGCUGAGUUUUCCUGGUUUUCCCUCAGGCUGUUUUUCACUGGAAUUGGUUCACAGCCUGGUCUCUGUA